AUGGCUAACAAUUCCACCUCCCCAGUUAACCAUGGCCAGUGCCUAUCCGACACUUGGUCGAGGUGUGUGACAGGGACUGUCACCGCAGCGCACACCUUCGAGUUGACCAAUUUCUCGCUCCUCGAAGGCAGCAUGGGUAUCGGCAAGUACGUCGAUUCCAGCACUUUCAGCGUCGGCGGCCAUGACUGGAACAUCAGGGUCUACCCCGAUGGAUGGAAGGAGGAUGAUGAUGAUUAUGUGUCAGUCUUCUUAAAUCUCGAAAGAGGAGCAGUUGGUGUGAGGGUGAAGUACAGUAUGAGUUCACUGGACAAACAUGGCCAUGUAUCCAAGGUACGAGACGACAUUCACACCUUCGAGUGGACCAACGGCUUUCGGGGUUGGAGCAAGUACAUGGACAAAUGCAAGCUGCAACCGCUGCUGGAUCUCAACAAUGAUUGCUUUACAAUCAGAUGCGAUUUGACCGUCAACCAGGAUCCUCGAACGGAAGCUGUUGCAAGCACCAUCGUAGUUCCACAGCCGAACUUGCAGCAGCAUUUUGAGCACAUGCUGAAGGACGGCAGAGGAACAGACGUGACGUUCAGCGUGGCCGGCGAACUGUUCCGUGCCCACCGAUGUGUGCUGGCCGCACGGUCUCUGGUGUUCCAGGCCGAGCUCUUCGGUCCAGUGAAGGAAGAAGCUACGCAGCCAAUCAGGAUCGACGACAUGGAGCCUACCAUCUUUGAGGCGCUUCUUCACUUCAUCUACACAGAUAGAUGCAACGUUGGUGAAAAUGUGGCGAUGCAGCACCUGCUGGUCGCCGCAGAUCGAUAUGGGCUGGAUAGGCUGAAGGCGAUCUGCGAGGACAAGCUGUGCCAUGCCAUUGAUGUGGAGACGGUUGCUACCACCAUCACCCUAGCGGAGCAGCACCAGUCCGUGCAGCUCAAGGAUGGCUGCCUCAGGUUUAUCAUCGCUUCCCGUGACGUGCUUGGUGCUGUUAUGAAGACAGAAGGGUUUAAGCAUCUCGUCGCAAGCUGCCCUUUGGUGUUGAAGGAGAUAUUAGACAAGAUGGCCGGAGCUAAAUAAGGUAGUCGAUAGGUGGUGAU